GAAGCAAUUCCAAAGACGCAUGCGUGAUUCAGGAUACGUGGCAGUGAAAUCCGCAAGGGACGCAACUAUAAAAACAAACUUGAUGAUAAAGAAUGUGUUUGCCAGCUCGGACGGAAUGUGCCCAAAUCAGCAGAUGAUGUAGUGAUAGGAGGGAAGUAAACAUGAAGGAUUUUACACAGUAUCUCUGUUGUAUUAAACUCAGAAGUAUCUUCUGUACCCUAAACUGGUCGUGUAAGCUUGAGAAGAUGAAUCACUUUAAAGAAAAGCUGAAGAGAAUGAUGACAGAGGAGGAGCCACCACUAAACGAUGACAGCGCAGACAGUUCUUUGUCCAGGAGCAAGUCAAGAAAGCUGUCCAACACAGAGCCAACGUCCUACAGGGAGCCGACAUCUCUGUCAUCACUUGACUCCCCCAUCUCCAUCUCUCCCGCAGAGUCACCAGUGACGUCAGUGACACCAGUGACGUCAGUGAUGUUCACUGAUGGUUUGGGUAGCCUUGGGGACAUCAUACACCAGUGCAGCACCACUCAGCUUGAUUCAUUCAAUACUUGCGAUCUACCAGACAACUGGCAGCAGCCUAGUCCCACCAAACCUUCCUCCAGCAACAACAACAUUGAUGACAUUGACUCCCAAAAUGAUAACACAAACCAUUGUUGUGUAUUGUUGAAUAAACCUGAUCAAAUAACUGUGGUAGAUAGCAAAGACAACCAAGUAGUUUCAUAUCAUUUAGAUGCAGUAAGGGCUAGAAACAUCAACACCAAGUUACUUUCUGAUAGUGUGAGUUCCAGCGACACACUAGAUAAGUCCAAUACUAAAAUAGAGAAGACAGCAGAGCUUUACAGCAAGGCAGUAGAAAUAUCUCACAAACAUGAUCAGCUGUUUGAAGUCAACACUGACCUUGCUGAGUACACCAAAUGCAAGAAAAACCCAGACCACGUGGCUUUCUUCUCUCCACAAAAAAUGCAAGUGAAAGACCUCCCAUAUGAGAUUCAGCACGAGGAUAGCCUGACCUUCUUCACCUGCGCCGCCAACCUCGUGGUUCAGAUCAGCGUCAACCACACGAGUGCCGCCCGCGGGGCACACGACAUGUACAGCAGCUACAUUGGUACCAGCUUGAAGCGGAAUGGGUCUGGUUUCAUAGCUUCUGUGGACGACACUAUCAUGGCAUUGAGGUGCAAGAGGGAAGACUGCGUGGAGGGUUUUCAUUUGGAGGAUCAGAGCGAGGACAGCACGUCUGUGAUGAGUUUAUCACGCAGCAUCAGCAGCACCAGCAGUUCCAGCUUGUCCAGUAACAGCAGUGUUGGGGCAUCUAAGCACAACAUUUAUGGUGGAGUUUGUAUUCGAACAAACAAACACGUCAUCUUUGAUAAAUCAGAAGCGGACAAUGCCCAUGUGAAAUUUUUCUUCGACACCCCGGAUGAAAAGUUUGUCAUCAAAGGGCAUGUAACUUCCAUUGUCGGAGUCAACAACUCCCAAGAUCACAUAACUCUGCAUGUCAUGUCGCAUGAGAAGAAGUUAUUCGAUACAGUGGGGAUUUGUUUGAGAAAUGUUAAAUCUAGUUACAAUCAGAUGGUUCUCAGCACUCACAAAUUCCAAGCAAGGGAGAGAAGUAGCAAUAACAAAAGUUGGGUGGCAGUGAUCUCCCAUCCACAUGGCAAGUCCAAAUCCAUCACUUUUGGCCAUGUUGUGAAAGAAGAAUAUGAAGUGACUAGAGUAAUAAAGUACUAUGAUGCCGCCACUUGCCCAGGGAGCUCAGGUGGUCUUGUGAUGACCCCAAACCUACUUAAACUACAGUGGCCUGGAGCAGUGCACAGCGCUUAUGACCAUGACACUGGCCUAAAUGUCACAAUGGAUUCCAGAUUUUGUGACCUUGAGAACUUAAACAUGGGUCAGUUUGAUGAGAAGACACUCAACAGGAAAGAUUCAAUAGAUUCACUUUUAAUAUAAAUCUGUCAGUUUCACUUUAAAAAAAUAUUAAACUGACCUUAAACCUUUAACCUGGGUCAGUAUGAUAAACUGACCUUUACCAAGAAAUAUAAAUACACUUAUAAUGUAAAGUUUAUAAAUAAGUGUGAAAAAUGUACAGUAAUUUUCAACAGGAGGCCUUUCUAGAUUUUUCUAGAAAACAAAGGGUGCCCAAUAUUUAUUUUGAAAUUUUUGUUCUCAAAUACUUUCUAGUCAUUAUUUUACUAGUUAUUCCAAUUUUUUUCAGUGGCAAUAAGAGUCUAACUGUAAUGAAUAAGUGACAUUUUUUUUCUGGUUUCAUCUUUGUUUACAAUUGAAUUAAAUCAUCAUUAUAAAACUGACUUUAAAGAAAUAAAUUUAAAAACAUGAAAAGAAUAGCAGUUAAACAUAAAUUUUAUACAGUAACAUCUUUAUUGUUAGACAAAAGAGCUUAAAAUAUUUUAUCUAAACUUAACAGUGUAACAUUCCUGAAAAUAUCAAUAGUAAAUGAAUUAUGGUUUUGUAAAAAUAUUUAUUUAUUGUUGAACAAUUUACAACCCAUGGCAUUGUUUAGAAAAUAAAAAAAUACUUCAC